GCUUCAGAGCCGCGCUCGCUCGCUCGCGCGCGCCCGCCAGCCCGCCCUCUCAGCGCGCGCUCGGCCGCCCGACGACGCGGGAGCCGCACGCGCCAGACGAGGCUCGCCGCGCUCAUUGCCGCCGAGCGCCGGCCCGCUGAGGCGGCGCCCUCGGUUCCCGGCCAGGAGGGAAUCUGUGGCCCCAGAGCGGAGGCGGCGGCGGGAAAGAUGAAGAACGAAAUUGCUGCCGUAGUCUUCUUUUUCACAAGGCUAGUUCGAAAACAUGAUAAGUUGAAAAAAGAAGCAGUCGAGAGGUUUGCUGAGAAAUUGACUCUAAUACUUCAAGAAAAAUAUAAAAAUCACUGGUAUCCGGAAAAACCAUCAAAAGGACAGGCCUACAGAUGCAUUCGUGUCAAUAAGUUUCAGAGAGUUGAUCCUGAUGUCCUGAAAGCCUGUGAGAACAGCUGCAUUUUGUACAGUGACCUGGGCUUGCCAAAGGAACUCACUCUAUGGGUGGACCCAUGUGAGGUGUGCUGUCGGUAUGGAGAGAAAAACAAUGCAUUCAUUGUUGCCAGCUUUGAAAAUGAGGAAGAGAACAAGGAUGAGAUUUCCAAGAAAGUGACCAGGGCCCUUGAUAAGGUUACCUCUGAUUAUCAUUCAGGGUCCUCUUCUUCAGAUGAAGAAACAAGUAAGGAAGUAGAAGUGAAACCCAAUUCAGUGGCUGCGACCCCCAGCCCCGUGUACCAGAUUUCAGAGCUGAUAUUCCCGCCUCUUCCAAUGUGGCACCCUUUACCCAGAAAAAAACCAGGAAUGUACCGAGGGAAUGGUCAUCAAAGUCACUACCCUCCUCCUGUUCCAUUUGGUUAUCCAAAUCAGGGAAGGAAGAAUAAACCAUAUCGCCCAAUUCCAGUAACAUGGGUACCUCCUCCUGGAAUGCAUUGUGACCGGAAUCACUGGAUUAAUCCUCACAUGUUAGCACCUCACUAGCUGCUUUGAUUCUUUUGGUGUCAUGUUGAGAGAAGGUAGAAUAAGCCUGACUGCAUAUUAAAAGUUCAUACUCAAAGUAGUAAAGUUAGAUGGGCUAAACCAUCAAACUUAUUUUUAUAGAGAAGUUAUUGAGAAUAAUCUUUCUUAAAAAAUAUAUAUGCACUUUAGAUAUAUUGAUAUAGUUUGAGAAACUUUAUUAAAGUUAGUCAAGUGCCUGACUUUUUAAUAUUGGACUUGAGUAUUUAUAUAUUGUGCAUCAACUCUGUUGGAUAUGAGAACACUGUAGGAGUGGACGAUCUGUUCUAGCACCUUUGAGCAUUUACUUUAUGGAGAGUAUGUAAGUUAUUUAUACACAAGGAAAUCUAUUUUAUGUCAUUGUUUAGAAGAAUUGCGUGAAAUCAUGUAGUUGCAAAUAAAAAGUAGUUUGAGGCAUGACAA